AUGAUUAAUUUAAUUCUUUUAUGAGAAACUUUCACUAAUAGUUUUAGGGCAGAAAUGUUGGAUGUUGCUUCAUUAUUUGCUAUUUUUUGUGCUAUACUUGUUAUUGUUAGUAAAAAUCCAAUAGUGUCCGCACUAUUUCUAAUUGGUUUAUUUUUAAGUAUUUCUUGUUAUCUUAUAAUGCUUGGUAUUAAUUUUAUUGGUCUGUCUUAUUUAUUAGUAUAUGUAGGGGCUGUAUCUAUUCUGUUUCUAUUUAUUUUAAUGUUAAUAAAUGUUAGAAUAAGUGAGUUAUUAACUGACACCAGCAAUAGUAUACCUUUAGCUAUUAUUAUUUCUAUUUCUUUUUAUUCUUCUGUACAUUCUACAAUACCCUACAGUAUUGUACCUUUUACUAGCUAUAUUUCAAAUAUCAUUAAUACAUUUAAUGAUAUAUUAGAUAUAAUACUGUUAUAUAUUAAUAAUGAUGGUAAUUUGUCAGAAACUAGUCAUAUAACAAGCAUAGGUAAUAUUCUUUACACUACUUAUAGUAUAUGACUAAUAUUAACUAGUGUCAUACUUUUAUUAGCAAUGGUUGGUGCUAUCGUUAUAACUAUAAAACAAAGAGAAGUUAAAAGAGAAGUAAAAAGUAUGAAUACCUAG